AUGCUCAACAAUAGAAUCAUCCCUACCACUCCCUACAUUAAUCCAAAACUUAAUUAUGGUGCUGCUGUUAUAGCAAAUUUACAUCUUGAUCAAGUUGUAGAAGUGAAGGGAUCGCAUUGGUAUUGUGAUCCAUCCGUUGUAACAAAAGAAAAGAUAUUCGGACCUACAACAACUCUUCAAGUUGGUGGAAUGGACGCCAUUGAUACUGCUUUUGUUAAAAGUGUUCAAAAUUCAAUGUUUUUCCGAUUUGAUCUUGAUGAUGAAUUUGUAGUCAAUAGAAAUUAUUCGCUAAUUAUUAAUGGAAAUACUUUACAAGUUGAUAAGGAACUUGUUUGUAAAUAUUCAAGUGUAUUGAAACAAUUAAUUGAUUCGUCUUCAUCAUCGGAAGUUGUGAUUGAAGAGAGUCAAGGUGAAUAUUUACAACAUGUAUUAACAUUUAUUCAUGAAGGAAAGUUAGGUGUUGAAUCAUCUAAAUUCUCCUCUCAACAAGAUGCUGGAUUGAUCAAUUUGAAACAAUUAAUAGAAUUGAUUAAAAUAGCAGACAAGUAUCAAGUUGAAAGUUUAUUAGUAGAAAUUGCAAAUAUUGUUAAUGAUAUGAUUGCCAUGAUUAUUAUUGAGAAAUGUAAAACUAUUUCAAAUGAGGGCAAGAAGAUAGUAUUUGAAAAGUGUUAUGAAUUUAUUGGAUUCAAUCCAGCAAGUGUUGUUGCUGCUAAAGUUUACAAUGACCAACCAAUUAUCACAAACUUUUUAGAAGAUUUCAGGAUAAAGAUGCAAGAACUUCAAUUAGCUUCAGAAGAUAUGAUUAUUGAUUAUUUAUUCUCAGAAAAUGGAUAUGAUGUCAAUGUUGAUAUUACAAACAACAAGAAGACUUUUGCUAAAAUGAUUGGUGCCCUAAAAACCGAUGCAUCAUUGAUUGCCUUUUCUGAAUUGGAUGCUGAAACAUUGAUGGGAAUUUUGGGUAGCAAGUUUUUAUCAAUGAAAACUGAAGUAUUAUUGAGCGUUCUUGUAGGAUGGUAUUUAGCUGAUACUAGUAGACUUGAAGAUGCAUGCAAAUUUUUAUUAGCAAACGAUUGGAGUGAUUGCGAAAGAGAAGCUUUUAACCUAUUAUUUUACAAUAUUUUCAUAUUUGGAGCUAAAAAACAUGAAAAUACUGAACUGUUGGACAAACUUAGAGAUAAGCUCAGCCAAAAUAUGUUCAAGAAAGAAAAUGUUAUGGGUGAUGAGUGGCAUGUUUACAAUGAAAAUAGACCACCAAGAUCAGCUUAUCGUAAUAACUCUGGAGAUUUGAGAGUUUUAUUGCUUGGAUUGGAUGCUUCAGGAAAGACCUGCAUCUUAUACAUGAUGAAAUUAGGAGAAAGAAUUACAACAAUUCCAACAAUUGGUUUCAAUGUGGAAACAGUGAAUAGUUGUGGAAAGAAUUUAACUGUUUGGGAUGUUGGUGGCCAAGAUAAGAUUCGCCCAUUGUGGAGACACUAUUAUUCCAACACCUCAAUUGUCAUGUUUGUUGUUGAUGCUUGUGACAGAGAAAGAUUUGAGGAUGCUUGUGAUUGCAUUCAAAGACUUGGAUCAGAAGAUGAUUUGAAGGAUUGUACCAUUUUGGUAUUUGCAAACAAGAUGGAUUUACCAAAUAGUGCCUCUAUCAAAGAAAUUGUUGAAAAAUUAGAAUUGAAUAGAUUGAAAAAUCCAAAUUGGAUGGUUCAAGGUUGCAGUGCAACUCAAAACAUUGGUUUAGAGGAGGGUUUCAAACUUGUAAUUAAGGCUCACCAAUACCAAUCCCAGAAUACUGCUGUUAUUGAACAGUUGACCUCUCAAGAACAUGAGAAGCCACCAAGAACCACUACUCACUUUGGACUCUUUGAACCUAAAUUUAACACAUUUUAAUUAAAAAAAUUAUUGUAUAAUACAUUUGGUUUUUU